AUGGUCGCGUCGCUGUCGAACCCGUGGCCACCGAGGCCCAUUCGCCGCUCCAUCUUCUUCUGGAGCUCCACCGCGUCCGUCUGCGUCGACUACGUCCCUGGAUCGACGAGGAGGACCACCAGCAUCUUCGCCAACUUCGUCUUCUUCCUUGGAUCACCGUCGCCCUUCGCCGUCGAUCCGGCCGAACCCCUGCGCUCCUAA